UGGCCCAGCCCUGCCCCCCGCCAGCUCUGCCUCCCCUCAGUCCCCCCCACACCCAUUCCCUGGCUGGCUUCCCAGGAUCCAUUAGCUGCAUCUUGUCUCAUGAAUUAUUGAUCCCAGAUUGGAACAUUUUAGACCCUUCACCUCUCAGGUACAUGGUGUCCCCAGCUGGGCCUAGACUCCCGGACGCCUGGGUUCCUGCCAGGUUAACUCCGUAUGGUCUGGAAGGAGCAACUACCCCACCCCCACCUCCUGGCCGGGGCGGGGGGGAAGGGGGAGCCCUGAGCAUUGGAAGGAGGGGAGAGUGCUUGGAGGGGAUGUGCCGUUUCUGAGCAUUACAGUAAUUGCCAAGUCAGAUUUUGUGUGCACCUGGACCAGGAGGGAUGGAGGGAUAUUGAAAGAAGGAGAGAGUGGGAGGGAGGAGGGGCGUCUGCUGGAGGAAAGAAGGUGAAAGAGACAGAGAGAGAGCCACGGUGAAGCCCCCUCGGAGCGACAGAACGAGACAGCUCCUAGCCAGAGCAAUAGAAAGAUGGAUCGCAAGGAGACAGAAUGAACCAGCGGAGAGUGACCCAGCCAGACAGAGCCCGGCCGGAGCGAGAGAACGAGAGAGUCUGGAGGAAAGGAAAGGAAAGUGGCAGGCAGAGUUACGGCAGGAUAGGAGGAGAGAGGAGACAGCGCAGAAGCGACCGAACGAAUCAGAGCCUGGACAGAGAGAGACACUCAGACUCUCAGGAAGGGAAGAACCUGGAAGACAGAGUGACGGAGAGAGAACAAACCAGCGCCUGGCUGCAGUGAUAAAUUGGGACUCUCCAGAAAAAAGGAACAAGAAAGCAACAACAGAGAGAUAGAAGGAGGCAGAGUCCAGACGGAGACGUAGUCUCGGAAACUCUGGAAGGGAGGAACGUGGAAGGCAGCGAGGAAGGAGUAGAAUAAGCCAGCGCCCUGCCAGAGCAAUAGAACAAGACACGGCCGAGACGGAGAGAGAGAAGGAGAAUUUCGGGAAGGGAAGAACGUGAAGAUAGCAACAGAACAAGUCGGGGUCCAGACAGAGAAACAGACUUGGACUCUCUAGAAGAGAACAAUGUGGAAGGCAGCGAUGAAGUGGUAGACUGAGCUGGUGCCGUAAUGGAGCGAUAGAAUGAGACGCAGCCCAGAUGGAGUGAUAGAAAAAGGGAGCACUUUGUUGAAGCAGUAGAAUGGACAGAGAGCUAGGAGGACUCAAAACCCAGAUAAAGCGAUAGAGCGAGCCAGGGCCCAGAAAGAGCGAUAGGAGGAGGCCUGGACGGGUGACAGAAGGACACAGGGCCUGGACGGAGGGACAGAAUGAGGCCUGGGCGGAGCGACAGACAGGUACAGCUCCCGGAUGGAGCAACAGAAUGAGCUGGUUCCCAGACAGAGCGAUAGAACAAGCCAGCACCUUGACAGACCAAUAGACCGACACAGCGCCCGGGGGCAGCGAUAGAAGGAGCCGGCGCCCGGGGGCAGCGAUAGAAGGAGCCGGCGCCCGGGGGCAGCGAUAGAAGGAGCCGGCGCCCGGGGGCAGCGAUAGAAGGAGCCGGCGCCCGGGGGCAGCGAUAGAAGGAGCCGGCGCCCGGGGGCAGCGAUAGAAGGAGCCAGCGCCCGGGGGCAGCGAGCUGGCCUCCACCCCAGGCCCCAUGGCACGCGCUCCCCCGCCCCCCAGCGACAUCCCGCGCAACCUGAGCUACAUCGCGGGGCUGUACGAGCGGGCGUACUACCGCACAGUCCGGCCCAGCCUGGGCGACGACUCCGACUCCGAGGCCGAGGGGCGGGCCCGGGGGGCCCGGCCACGGGGACGGCAGAGCCGCAUGGGUGGCGGGGGGGGGAGCCGGCGCCGCAGGGCCCGCUCCGCCCCGGCUGGGGGCCCCGGUGGGGGAUCCCGCAGCUGCAGCCCCGGCUCCCGCAAGCGGGUGCGCUUCGCCGACGCCCUGGGUCUGGAGCUGGCCAGCGUGAGGCACUACUGGCCGGCCGAGCUGCCCCAGGUCCCUGAGCGCGUCCACACCCAGCUCCGGCGCGAUGCCCUGCGCCACUUUGCCCCCCUGCGCCCCUUCCAGGACCCCCAGGACCCCCUGGAGGGGCGCCUGCCGCUGGCACCAUGUUUCUGGGACCCGCUGGGGCUGCCAGACUUCGGGGCGCGGCUGGGGGCGCAGGGCGUGUGUCUGGAGGGGGUGCGGGCCGGGGGGAUGGGGGUGGCGGGGACCCUGCGGGUUCUCAACCUGGCCUACGAGAAGCGGGUCAGCGUCCGCUACAGCUGGGACGGCUGGGCCAGCUAUAGGGAGGCCCCCGCUGCCUACGCCGGCCCCUCCGCCGGACCCCCCUCCGACCGCUUUGCCUUCCGCCUGCCCCUGCCCCCUGGGGGCACCCUGGAGUUCGCCCUGCGCUGCCACGUGGGGGGCCAGGAGCUGUGGGACAACAAUGCGGGACAGAACUACAUCCUGCGGGGCGGGGGGCGGGCCGAGGGGCCCCCCAGUCCCCUGCAGGACGGAGACGGGGGCUGGAUCCACUUCCUGUAGGGGGCCCCACAUCCUCUGCGGGGACUGAAACGUCGGACCCCAAAGCCAUGGGAUGGGGGGGCAGAAAUAGGGGGUGAGAUACAGGGGAGGGGCCUGAUGGGUGGAGGGGGGAGACAGGACUUCUAGGAUGGGGUGUCCAGCGGAGGGUGGGGCUAGGAUGGGGGCGGAACUCAAAACAAAGACGCCCCCCACAUCAGGCACUGCCCUCUGGGACCUGCACCCCCACCCAGGACGUUGGGGGAGCCAUUGCCUUAUAGGGGACACUAAAUCCCAUCUGAACCUGCCCCCAGCUCGAGGGGAGGGUCUGGCUGUAUCAGGGGGGGUGGGGGGCAAGGACAUUGGGAGGUCAUUAACUGGUGGAACUCCCUGCUGGUGGACAGUGCUGCACUCAACCUGCUGCAAGCCAGGACCAGUCAAAGCCACCCGGCCAAUCCGGGAUGGGGGUCCGUAUCACACUGGUUGGGCCCCUGGGGUGAUCCAGGGGGGAUGUACCAGGCUGGCUGUUGUGGGCAGGUUUCCCCCACGACCGCAGCCCAGAGGGGGGAGGGAAGGUGCCACGUUCUCCAUGGCACAUUUGUCCGGACACCAGGGCUGCCCACAUCUUGGCACCCAACGCCCCCUCGGACCAGCCCCCUGCUCCCCCAGCCCUGCCUCUGGCCUCUGACUCCCAACCUGCAGCCCCCUGCCGCCCCAGCCCUGCCGGUGCCCCUCACGCCCGACCUGCAGCCCCCUGCACCCUGCCGGUGCCCCCUGCA